AUGAAGCUCAUAUGCCAUUUCCCAGCACACAAGUCCGUGCCGGACAAGUAUGUCCUGCCUCCGGAGAAACGCCCUUGCGACCACGAGCUACUGGAUGAUCUCUCGGUUGCCCUCCCUGUCAUCGACCUCCAAAGAGCCGUCGCAGAAGGCCGCCGACAAGUCGUUGGCGAGAUCAUGGAGGCCGGCAAGGAGUUUGGCUUCAUCCAGGUGGUGAACCACGGUGUGGGGGAAGACGUGAUUCAGGGCUUCCGAGAGGCGGCAAUGGAGUUCUUUAGGAUGCCGGAGGAGGCAAAGCUCAAGUACUACUCCACUGACCACAACAAGCCUUUUCGGGUUUUCUCCGGCUCCCUCACGUCCCAUAACGACGCUAAUGACAUACGCUACUGGCGCGACUGCCUCAAGCUUCGGUGCUACCCAGUCGAGAAGCUGAUGCACCAAUGUCCAUCGCAACCAGAAAUGUUCAGAGAGCAUCUUGCCAAGUACGCGGUGGCAGUACAGGAGCUGGCGCGAAGCUUCCUCCGGUUGAUCGCCGAGGGGCUCGGAUUCGAUAACCAUGAUUUCUUCGAAGGGGACCUCAGCGGCGGGGAGACGCUGAUGAACGUGAACUACUACCCGCGGUGCCCCGACCCGAGCCUUACGAUGGGCAUCCGGCCACAUUCUGACCGCCACCUGCUCACCAUUCUGUCCCAGGGCGAAGUCAGUGGUUUGCAGGCCAAGCACAGGGGACGCUGGAUCUGUGUCCAACCCAUACGCAACGCCUUUGUUAUCAACUUCGGGCUUCAGAUGGAGAUUGUGACCAAUGGGCUACUUUCAAGCGUGGAGCAUCGAGCGGUGACCAACUCGGCAAAGGCGAGGAUGUCGGUGGCAUCACUUAUCACGCCCAAGAUGGAUUGCAGGGUUGGUCCGGCGCCGGCGAUGUUGGAUGAGGAGACAAACCCUCCCAAGUUCAAGGACUUCGUAUGCAGCGAGUUCACGGAGGCGUAUGAGGCCGCUGCUGGCAACAGGGAAGCCGUGCUCGACUUCUUCAAGAUUCAUCACACUCAAAAUCCAGCUUGCGUCAAUCAACAAUUCAACAUGCACUGA